GCGAGUCCAUCCAGAUCUUCUGCGAGGUGGAGAACAGCUCGUCCCGGGUGGUGGUGCCCAAGGCGGCGCUCUACCAGACGCAGACCUUCUUCGCCAAGGGGAAGGGGAAGCAGAUCCAGCAGCUGGUGUCCAACCUGAGGGGCGAGACCCUGCCGCAAGGCAAGAGCCAGAGCUGGGAGGGCAGGCUGCUGAAGAUCCCCCCCGUGUCCCCCUCCAUCUUGGACUGCCCCAUCAUCCGCGUGGAGUACGUCCUCGUGGUGUACGUGGACGUCCCCGGCGGUCUGAACCUCUCCCUCUCCCUCCCUCUGGUGAUCGGCACCAUCCCGCUGCACGCCUCCACCUCCAGGAGCUCCAGCAUCAGCAGCUGCUGCAGCUGGGGCCCAACAGAGACCCCCGAGGCCCCUCCCAGUUACAGUGAGCUGGCGAUAUCAGAGUCUCACAGGAGGAACUGUCUGGUCGGCUGUGAUAGGUCGGAGGGGGGGGGGGGAUCUCUGCUCACUUACAUCACUGAGUUCAGAUAUCUGCCCCCCCCACUCUACUCUGAGGUGGAUCCGUAUCCAGACCCCGUGGAGGUCAGGAGGCCCGAAACGUGUCCGUCCCGCUGACGUUAGCUCGAUGAUAACGGGAGCUCCACGCUAACGGGAUCAUCUGCACAAAACAAGACACCGUCACCCUGCAGCUGCACCGCCCGCAGAUUAAAUAUCAUGUGAAAAGGCCAGAGGGGGGCAGCAGACAUUGAGUAUUCGGUGACGUAUGGAUUUUUGGAUCCUCGAUAUCCUCCUGUGCUCAAGACGAGGCAAGAAAAAAAAUAAAAAUAAGUUCUCUGACACCACUGUAGGCUCCGAGGAGGAAACACUAAGAUCUCAGGGAGCGUUACAGUGAACUUUGCACAAUCCGUUAUUACUGUUUAUCUAUCGGGAAUGGGAAGGUGCAUUCUGCGGCGGCCAUCUUAGGAGGUUAGCAUCAAUAUCCAUCAGCUUUCACUUAAAAUCUGUCAGCUGUUUUUCGUACAAAAUGCAUAAAGUACGUUACAGAAAUAGCUUUUCAUGGAGGAGCCUUGUUUAAUUAAAUAGACGAGUCUUCACUUAUGACUUAAGAAAAGAACGGACCAAUCACUGUUACUGAUUUUUGCGCCAACCUGGUGUUUGGAGCUAGCGUUAGGGUACAUUUUCUGCUAUUUUAACAAUGUAAAAUCCUUUGGAGGCAAAUGUCUAACUUACAGUACAGGACGUUCAGAUCCACAACUAUAUAGCAACUAUACAUUCAUCAGGUUAGAAGUCAGUUAGCUAAUGUAAUGCUAAUGUAAUGCUAAUGUAAUGCUAAUGUAAUGCUAAUGUAAUGCUAAUGUAAUGCUAAUGUAAUGCUAACGGGAUGCUAACGAAACGUCGGCUAGUCAUGCUAAUGCUGUGUCUUUUUGUGGACACUUCUCACACUCAGCGACCGCGAUUCAAAUGUUACUUCAUGAAUCUUCAUUUGUUUAGUUAGUUGUUCGUUGGAUUGCCAAUGACAACAUAGUGCCUACAGACAUGGUUUAUAGAGUUACGCUACUUCCUGUAACAGUUAUUAAAGGAUUCAGUAGCGUUAGCUCGUAUCCUCCAAAGAUGGCCGACGUCACAUUCCCAUUCCCUCUCGGUGGUUUUCAUA